AUGGCUAAGGGCGAGGAGGUCGCCGACGUCAAGUCCUACUUGACCACGGCGAGCACGCGCGACGUGCGCCACCUCAGGGCGGAGUCUAGCGGCGGCGGCCGCCGGGAUGCCGCCGCCACCGACAAGGACAAGCUCGUGUUCAGCAUGGCUAAGGGCGAGGAGGUCGCCGACGUCUUCUGGGGCGCCACGGUCUGGUGGUCGGCCGCCGCCGUGCCGCCGCCCAACGACACCAUGCCGUGGAGCCGUGCCGCGCGCGUCGAGCGCCGGCUCUUCCGGCUCGAGUUCCAUGAGGGCCACCGCGACCUGGUGCUCAACGAGUACCUCCCCUACGUGCGCAGGGAGGGCCGCGCCGUCAUGGCCAAGAAUCGCCAGCGAAGGCUCUACACGAAUAUCCUCAAGGAAGGCUACGCCUACGAUGACGGGUAA